AUGGCUAGGAUUGCACCAAAAGAACCCACUGCAGCGUCCGAUUCGAACUAUCAGCCCAUUCGGAAUCAGUAUCAGUCGUCACUGGGGUCCAGCCUCGGGCCAGACCUAAGCUGGGAAGCAAUCGGUUAUGUAGAUUCGCGAAAACGUAUAGCCCGCAAUUCACAUGAGCAGCCUGAUCAUACGAUUCCUGACUGGGCUGAGGGACUGGUUACGAAUACCAGAAACCUGAUCAACCUGCCAAAGUCUGUUGAGUUGACUCUCCACAGUUUGGACCUUACACGGUCCGUCCUACUGAGGUCUCCGACCACCAAUGCCUCAGAAGCAUGCCUGGUUUCGGAUGGCGUCAGUGUGUUAGUAACGAGGUACUUCGAUCCGAGAAAACAUCCAGCACCACCGACUACGAUGGCUCGGUCAUGUGCUACACAUGCCGAAACACCGUCUACCGAGGCGACUGUUGUUCUCCGUGUCUCCCUCAGAACGGCUCAAACCGCAAGCUGGACAGCGUAUGACUUGGCGGAAAGGUGUGAAACAAAUUGA